CUUAAUCGAUUGCACCUCAGUAGUGGACGCGUAUUGAAGGUGAGAACAACAACGGCACGGGCGAACAUACACUAAACGUUUUGAAAGCGGUCGGACAUAGUGAGACAAAACGAGGAUUUUCGGUUUAAAAAUCUCACAAGAGUGUGGUUGAAUAAAAUACGUAGUGUACAUUUACAACCCGAAUUCAGUAAAAUGGUUUUCAUUGUGCGCACACUCUUUGUCGUUGGCAAUAUAAUUUGCUUCAUUGUCAACACGCUCGUUAAUUGGUUUUUGCCGCGCAAACCGCCUACUUAUCCACCAAUACAAGAUGCACUGCUGUUAAAAUCUGUGGGCGAAUUAGUAGUGGAGCUGCGUCAAAGGAAGAUCACUUCGGAGCAACUGGUGCAAGCGUACAUCACACGCAUACAGGCAGUAAAUGAAAGCUUGAAUGCAGUACUUGAUCACCGCUUCGAACAAGCGAUCAAGGAAGCACAACAUGCGGAUAGCUUAAUCGCCAAGACAAAUGACGAGCAGUUGAUUGCCCUCUUCAGACGAUAUCCCUUGUUGGGUAUACCAUUUACGGUGAAGGAAUCGGCCGGCGUUAAAGGCCUAUCGUUUGUGGUCGGCAACAUUCACCGCAUGAAUGUGAAAUGUGAACGUGAUAAUGAAAUUGUUGAGCGCCUUCGAUCAGCCGGUUGUAUACCGCUUUUGGUCUCGGCAAAUCCCGAGCUUUGCAUGAGCUACGAAACGAACACCAUAAUGAAUGGGAAAUGUCGCAAUCCAUAUGAUCUCAAUAGAGUGUCUGGCGGCUCAUCUGGUGGAGAGGGUGCUUUAAAUGGCGCAGGCGCUUCGCUCUUCGGCUUUGGUUCGGAUAUUGGUGGCUCAAUUCGUUUGCCGUCAAUGUUUUGCGGUGUGUAUGGCCACAAACCAACUGGUGGUUUUCUUUCAGUUAAGGGUAGCUUUCCAUACAGCGAUGAUCCGAAUUUCGCACAGUUUCUAGCCUCUGGACCGAUAACCCGUUUCGCAAGAGAUUUACCCAUACUACUGCAAGUAAUGGCUGGUGAAGAUGUGAAGAAAUUGCGAUUUGACGAACCAGUGCCAUUGAAGAACAUAAAGAUCUAUUACGCCCACAGUUUUGACGGUUUGGCAGCAUUACUGCAUCAGCCAACUGAUCACGCUAUACAAGUGGCCAUAAUCAGAGCGGCGAAAUAUUUCGAAAAGUGUGGAGUUACCACAGAGCACAUUAAAUUGGAUAAGUUUGUACACGCCAGAGAAAUCGGUUUACGCGCUCUCACCGAACUAAAAGGCAUACCGAGCAUAACAAAUCUUGCUGAACCAAAAAUCGAAACAUUAUUUUGGCAGCUAAUUCUAUCACUUUUUGGACGCUCUCCACACAAUCGUGAUGCUAUAUUCAUGGAAUUGAUGAGCAUGAAGAAAUCUUAUAUAUCCGAUGGGAAAGCGAAAGAAUUUCACGCCGAAAGAGAAGUGGUGCGAGCAGAGUUAGUGAAAAUGCUCGGUGACAAUGGUGUGCUCUUCUUGCCCACAUUCCCCACCUCCGCAUUUGCCUUCCACACGAGCACGUUUAAUUUGGUGGGCGUCGAUCUGAUGCUAAUGUUCAACAUACUGGGUUUCCCCGCCACACAUGUACCCAUGGGUUUGGAUCAUCGGGGUUUGCCGAUUGGCUUUCAAGUUGUCGCGGCGCCAUAUCAAGAUAAACUAUGCCUACAGAUUGCGGGCGAGUUAGAAGCUGCUUUUGGCGGUUGGGUGCCACCGCUAAAACAUGAUAUCAAAACAUGAUUUGUUAUUAGCUUUUUAAAGUUUUCAAUUCAUUUUUAGUUUAAAAGUUCAUAAAGCUUCUCAAUAAGACAGUAGCUUAGUAUUUUAUGAGCUUAUGUAAUUAGAUUGGGUUAAAGCUCUUUCACUCUUUCUACUUUUCGCUUUUGAGUUCUAAUUGGCAGUCAUUUUUGGUGUGCUUUUAAAUGUUUAACGAAAAAGCUUUUAUAUUUACUUACUUACUUACGUAUAUCAUAUUAUAAGUGGAAAUGUUUAUUUAAUAUUUCAGUAAACUGCGUAUGUGAUUUCCAAACAGUCUUCGAACGCUCACUCUAAGUGGUUGUACAUAUAACUAAAAUCAAACAAAUUAGUCGACUUUUUAUGAAUUUUAGUAGUAAUUAUUUAGAUAUUUAAUUAAAUAAAUAUUUAGAAAUUGGAAACAAAAUAAAAUGUAUUUCCCCUUAUCUUUUA